UUUUCCUUUAGGAGAGAAGCCCAGCGGGAGUGCUCUGGUUUGACAGCUGGACUUGCACUGCGCCUGCGCCGCAGCCCGCGCACCUGUGGAGGACCGCCGCCAGGGGGCGCAGAGGCCCAGCUGGGCCUCUCUGUCUCCACCCCGGCCCUUUCCCCGCCCCUGACUCCCCGGGGCUGGCAGAGAAGGCGGAAGUAGGGCGACCGGGGCUGGGGUUCGGGCUUCGGGCGGCCCGGGGACGCGGGAGCAGCGGCCUUCGGGCCGGGAGUUUGGCAUCCGGGCCGCCUCGGCUCGGAGCGCGGUGCCCGUCCUCUCCUGGUGCUUUGGCUGAGCGGAGUCCUGCGGUUCCGUGGAAUCGGCGGCCCUGCGGACCAGAGCGAGCGAUUGAUAAUCUCGUUACUAUGAGUCUGUUAAACUGUGAAGACAGCUGCGUGUCCAGCCAGUCUGAGAGCGACUGCUGUGCAGCCAUGGCCAGUGCCUGCAGUGCCGCGGCCAAAGACGACAGUGUGAGUGGGGCUGCCAGCACGGGGACUCUUUCCAGCUCUUUCAUGGAAGAGAUCCAGGGCUACGACGUGGAGUUUGACCCACCCCUGGAAAGCAAGUACGAGUGCCCCAUCUGCCUGAUGGCGUUACGGGAAGCAGUGCAAACACCCUGCGGCCAUAGGUUCUGCAAAGCCUGCAUCAUCAAAUCAAUAAGGGAUGCAGGUCACAAAUGUCCAGUUGAUAAUGAAAUACUCCUGGAAACUCAACUGUUCCCUGACAAUUUUGCAAAACGAGAGAUCCUUUCUCUGACGGUGAAGUGUCCAAAUGAAAGCUGUUUGCACAAGAUGGAACUGAGACAUCUUGAGGAUCAUCAAGCACAUUGUGAGUUUGCUCUUAUGAAUUGUCCCCAAUGCCAGCGUCCCUUCCAAAAGUGCCACCUUAAUAUUCACAUCCUCAAGGAGUGUCCAAGGAGACAGGUUUCUUGUAUAAACUGUGCUAUGUCGAUGGCGUUUGAAGAUAAAGAGCUCCAUGACCAGAACUGCCCUUUGGCCAAUGUCGUCUGUGAAUACUGCAACACCAUGCUCAUCAGAGAACAGAUGCCUAAUCAUUUUGAUCUAGACUGUCCCACAGCCCCAAUUCCAUGCACAUUCAGUACCUUCGGUUGCCAGGAAAAGAUGCAGAGGAUUCUCUUGGCGCGCCACCUACAAGAGGAUACUCAGUCACACAUGAGAAUGUUGGCCCAGGCUGUUCAGAGUUUAAACCUCGCCAUGGCUCCCCGGCCUCAGCGUGACGUCCUGCUGUAUGAGUCUUCCUCUCUGCCCCGAGCCUCCUCUGGGUGUCACCCAGAGGUCCAGAAUUUCCAAGAAACCAUUCAACAAUUGGAGAGUCGCCUUGUAAGACAAGAUCAUCAAAUCCGGGAGCUGACUGCAAAAAUGGAAACUCAGAGCAUGCAUGUCAGUGAGCUCAAACGAACUAUUCGAACCCUUGAGGACAAAGUUGCUGAAAUAGAAGCACAGCAGUGCAAUGGGAUUUACAUCUGGAAGAUUGGAAACUUUGGGAUGCACUUGAAAUCUCAAGAGGAGGAGAAACCUGUUGUCAUUCAUAGCCCUGGAUUCUACACAGGCAAACCUGGGUACAAACUCUGCAUGCGCCUGCACCUUCAGUUACCAACGGCUCAGCGCUGUGCGAACUACAUAUCCCUCUUCGUCCACACAAUGCAGGGAGAGUAUGACAGCCACCUGCCCUGGCCCUUCCAGGGUACAAUACGCCUUACAAUUCUCGAUCAGUCUGAAGCACCGGUAAGGCAGAACCAUGAGGAGAUAAUGGAUGCCAAACCAGAGCUGCUUGCCUUCCAGAGGCCCACAAUCCCACGGAACCCAAAAGGUUUUGGCUAUGUGACUUUUAUGCAUCUGGAAGCCCUAAGACAAAGAACCUUCAUCAAGGACGAUACUUUAUUGGUACGCUGUGAGGUCACCACUCGUUUCGACAUGGGUAGUCUUCGGAGGGAGGGCUUUCAGCCACGGAGUAGUGAUGCAGGGGUAUAGCAUCCCCUCGUUUGCUUUUUGUUUUUUAAAAGCCUUUCUGGAGAAAGCAGUGCCUUUCCUAGCCCUGCUCUCGAUAACAAUGUGUAAGCAAACAGACAGACAGUGGGAAAGACGGCAUACGCGCCAGUGAGUGUUUUGAGCCGGGUCGCUUGCCGCUUUUUCCGUCAUAAAUACCUACAGCAGUUUUUCCUCUGCAAUCUACGUGUUCCAUGCUUUUUCAAAUUGUUAAAACCGAAGUGCCUGUGGCAUAUUGCAGCACCUAUUUGUCAGUGUGCCUCUUCGUUGUGGAUUCAUGGGCUUUUGCUCCAGAAUGUUCUGUCAGAAGCCCAGGGUUAGAGUAGCAGAGCUUAAACCAUUCAAAAUAAUGUUCCUUAUAACUCCAGCUUAUUUUUAUAGUAUAUAUGUAAUAUAUUAAACUUGAGAAUCACUACCGCCUCGUGCUGUUGCCAGCAAGAAGAAUUACCACUAUAAAGUUGAGUUCUCAUUUUAUUUGACCUCACAUUCAAAGGAUUUGAGCCUUAAUCCUUGGAAAGCUUAAGUUCUCAUUCACCCCAUUUCCCUGCCCCUAGGGUGUUUUGUUACUAAGGGUACUCAGGGACUAGUUUAGAGCCUAACAACCUUACUCAGUGUGAACAUGUCUGUUGAAUAAUUCUUGUUCAGGUGUUUCAUUCUACCUUGCUUACGUAUUUCUUUGAGGCUACAAAGUAGCAUCUUCAAAGUUUAGAAUGUGGACACUCAUGGGCACCUACUGCCCAGUGUCAUGCUGCUGUGUAAACCCCUUUUUGUCUGUUCAGUGCAGCCUGAACCCCACAGCCCUGCUUAUGUUCUCUGAUGCUUAAUACUUGUAGGACACGGAGAUGCAUGUGUAUAAUUACCAACAUAAAAAUUAAAGGGGCUCAACUAACCCUCUAAUUUGAGCUACAAAUUGUCAGCUCCUUUGAACACUCUCUGGUUUCAUUCAGUUUAGUGGAACAAAAUUGAUUUUCUAAAAGCAAAAUUCCUUAAUACCUGGGAGAUCAAGGGCGGUGCCUGAGGGUCACCAGACUAGGGUCGGAAGUCACAGUGGUUAUAUCAGGACUUAGCUUGAGCAGUUGCUUUAGUUCAGCAGUUCAUACCCGAGAAGGAUCAUGUAGAAUGUAUUGAAGUGACUAAAUGUUCCUAAUAGGGAGAGAUGGUUUCUGUGCCAUUACAUAUUUGUUAAAGGCCCAUAGGCAUUAAAUGUUACGGUGAAAUCUAGUUCUCAGGGUGCCCCCAACUAGUAUGGACUCUUACCAAGAAUCUAAGGGCUUUGGCAACCUUGCCACGGUGUGGUUCGAGAUAGUCCCAGGGAUCUGUCUCCGUCAUGGGCACGUGCUUCCCCAUCCUCGGAGCUGCUGCUCUCCACAGGGUCACCGACGGGGCGAGGAAACGGGCUGCCUGUGAUGCGCGGCAGUGGACUUGGCUGGAGAGAGACGGGCUUGUCCCUGGACUUGAUCAUUGCUGUGUGUCAGAGGGUUUAGAAAAUACUGAUUGAGGAAGCGUUUUCCUGAUUGAUGAAAAAUAACUCAGUUAUGCUCAUCUACCCCUGCUAGAAGGUCAUGCAGUGUGUAACGUAGCAUGAAGUGUGUUAUGUAGUGGGUAAUAAAUUUUUUAAAAAAUCUAAGAGGACCCAUACACAAGGUGGUUCAAAGUUGUGCGGUCAUGAGAGAUGGUACUGUGUCUCCAGAGAAGCCAGAUCCUAACUCCCUGGCCAGGGUUAAAGAUCAGCCUCAGAAAACUCGAAGAACCAUGUGGUUUCACUCAUAUGCAGGAUAUAAAACAAACUCACAGACACAGACAACAGUGUGGUGGGUUCCAGAGGCAAUGAGGGGCCGAGGGAGCAGUUAAGGGGGCCAAACAUGUGGUGACGGAAGAUGACUUGACUUCAGGUGGUGGGCGCACGAUGCAGUAUACACAUUAUGAAUCAUAGAAAUGUGCAUUUAAAAACUAUAUAAUUUUAUUCAUAAAUGUCACCCUGAUCAAUUUAAUACAAGUUUUUAGAAAGAAAAGAUCAGCCUUAAUAUUAAGAGGAAGCCAAGAGACUUUGUGGAGAAGAAUGGUUUCAGUUCCAGGCAGACCCAGCCUGGAAAGGUCACUUUGACCUUUCCCUUUACUUACCUCUCCGCCCUCCUUCCCCAUCCACCACAGUUUAGGCCCCUGCUCUGGUGGGUUUCUCUUUGAAGUGAAAAGGUCCCACAGAGUCCCCGGUUCCCCUGUCUGCACCACCCAGGGACUAGCGGGCAGUUUCUGCCCCGCAGCUGCCCUGCUCUCCGGCCAGCCCCUGAGAAGCACCACAGCAGCUGCCCCUCCGCUGUCCGGGAGAGCGUGUGUCCGUGAAGCAAGUUUUCCAGUUCGUUCCAUUUACACAGUGAGCGGUAGUUAUUUUUGUUGCCCAGAAGAAAGCCGGAAGGAAAUACACUAUUUUUGAUGACUUAUUUUCUUUGUGCUUUCUUGUAGGCUUUACAUUUUCUAUUUUUAAAAAAUGUACUUUUAUCAGAGCAAAAAAUUAAGUGUUGCCACAAAACAUGCAACCCCAUCAAAAAAGGAAAUGAUAUUUAAAAGCUCCCUGGUCUGGUUAAAUUUCUAUUAAAAGCGUGGCUGUGGAUUAGGUACUGAGGAGUCAUUUCCUGCUUGGUUUUUGUUUUUUGUUUUUGUUUUCCCUACUCAGGAAUGUUAAUCUAAACAAUAACAGUUUUUUUGUGUAGCUUCAGGUUUCCUAUUUGUAAGAUAAGCGGUUAGAUUAGCUGUUUCUAAGGUCCACUCCCACCAUAAAAUUCUGCUCUAAGAAAUUAAGUUCUUACUAGCAGCAUGUCGACAGUACUUACAAAAGGAUUUAGCCAGUAGAAAAUGGCUUUAUUUUUUGCUGACAUAACACUUCACUUCAAUUUAGUGUCUGUCAUCUGGGUCUCAUCUUAAUAAGCAAUUUUUUUAACCCUCAACAUUUGGCAUUUUGUAAUAAACCAGCACUUACUUUAUACUACUCAUUCAUUGUCAAUAGCCGGUAAAAGUAAGCCAGACGGUCAUUGCAAAUAGAAACAUUUGUUACGACUUCCACUCAGAAUCAGGUCUUUCCUGGAAAGCUGGUCUGUCUCUCCAAUCUCCCGCCAGGCUCUCUGAAACUAGCUCAGUUGGAUUACAAGUAUUUGGACCACGUGUUGAUGCUUUAUCAACCUUUUAACAUACUUAAUCUUUUGACACCAUUCAUGGACAUUGCUAACUUGAAAAUAAAUUGUUUCCUUGCUUCCCAGACAUAUCCAACCCAGUGUUGAAUGAAACUUGCCUCAAGAUACAUUUUUCUAUCAGAGACCAAGUCAGGAUGUUGAUUUUGUAGUUCGGGAGUUUUCCACUGUCCUUUGGCUGUGGGGCAGUUACGGUUUCUGGCUGUUCUGUAGCACGGCGGUUUCCAACGUCGUGCCACGGGAAUUUUUAACCCAUGCAACACCUGACUGUUUAGUCAGGGGCACUGACCUUUUUUCCCUUAGACUGUCAUAAAAAUAUGACAACAGCCAGCACAAUAGCCAUCCAGUGUGAAUGAAUCAAAAUUAUAUCUACUUUUUUGUUAAAUCGGCUAUAUAUAUACGGUUUUUGGUGGCCACAGAACUUCAGUGAUUAGACUAUGUGUGCCCUGAGAUGGAAAAAGUGGAAAAUCGCUGCUAUAAUAUGAUACAACUUUUGUUUUGAAGACUACAAGUAGAAAAACAGUGAAAUGAAAUGAAAGGUGAGAUUAUUUUCCCCUUAAUGAUGGACUAAUCUGGAGAUACUGGACGAUCUCUAGCAAUUGGUUUUGUGGUAGGCAUAAAAUUUUAAAACUGUCCUCCAUGACCGUUUGUGCCAGUGAGUUUAACAAGUCAGAGCAUGUGCGUGGACUCUGCACUCAGUUAGGAUACAUUCUCCGGGAGGAGCAGUUGCUCGUCAUUCCUUUAUCCAGAGAAUCCUCUCAUCCCUCAUGACCAGAACCUUUUUAACUAUCUGAGAUUUCCCUAACUUAGGACUCUGAAGUAACUUUCCCUUGUUCAGUUACUGCUGCUCUUCUCUUGGCUUGCCUCCAAUUCCACCCAGAUGUUCGUUUAGUAAUGAACAUUUGGUGAGAAUACCGGUUACAGCUGACCAAUUCUUGACAGUGUGUCAUGUCGGUUUUCCGUUGGAAGGCAUAGAUGUUAUCUCCCUUGCUCUCCCCCAUAGCACUUUACUAUGACAUUUUUCAAACAUGUAGAAAUAUUGAAAGAAUUGUACGGGGAACAUCCGUCACCUAGAACCUGCAAACAACAUUUUGUUACGUUUGCCGUGUCAUCUGACGGAUGUUCCUUUUACUGCCACUUCUUGCAGCCUGGUAUCUCUCUUCAACAAAAAUCUCACAGCUAAGGUGGUUGAACAGUCUCGGGGGAACUGUCAUGCCCUGCGGAAAUGUGAUGUAUGCGUGUAGGUGGGAACUAGUCCACACUUAAAGCUCGUUUUAAACUUGUAAAUCUGUUAUGCUGAGUUUUCAUCUUAUUUAUUUUGCCCGAAAGGCUGUGUUUUGUAAUGGAUUUAUCUGAAAGCCAUCAUCAGUUGUGCACAAUAUUCUAAUGUCCUUUUCAUGCUUGAUAAACUGUCCGAUUUCUGUGGUGAGAAUGUAUUUGGGCUCCGUUUGGCUUGUAGAAGGUUCCAGGAUUGUGCUCCCAGAGGACCAAAGAGGCUGUGUAAUUCAGCACACAAACCAUCAAAUCGGGAGCUGGGGUCCAGGUUUUGCUCCUGACUGAACAUGGGCAAAUCAGCUCUUUUUGUCUUUGUGUCCAUUUACCUGCAACAUAGGGGCUCAAGUUUGAAAUGUAGAUGUUGCUAAGUAAUGGGUAGUAAUGUGUGGACCUAUUAAGAAAGACACUUUCAUGAAUCCAGGGAGCCUCUUACAAUUUUAUAACUGUGACAAGCUAUGGAGUGAAAUCUGACUUGGAAGAUCAAAGCAUGUGGUGAAGGAGUUUUACCAAAAAACCUGCCGUUGCUCAGAACUUAUCACCACAGCAUUUGUGAGCGGUUUUCGCAGCCCAUCUGGACUCUGAAAGCAGUGUGUGUUGUGAAAGGGAGUGCGGGGGCCGUGUGGGAGGAGGGGGACACUGGGUGCACGCGCGCGCGCGCGCGCGCACACACACACACACACAGACAGACUGAAAAGCAGUCUUCUAUGUAAGAGCAGGUUGUGUGGAAGGGCCGGGGAGCUUCAAGGAAUUACCCAGAUUGACCACGGCACCCCCACUGCUGGCUCCCCCCACGGCCCCCACAGAAAACAAGCCCCGCCCAGUCCUGCAGGCCCGUGGCUUAGCCUCUGGCUGUCUCCAUCAGGGCCCUGCACCGAGCAAGCUGCAGGGUGGGCCGCUGGGGCGAAGCAGGGUCUCCGCACUCCGUUUCAUGGCUCUGUGACCUGCCCUUUCUAAACCCAAGUUAUGAAUGUGGAAUCACAUGUGUCUCACAGGCACACGGAGGUUUUGCUUCAGGUCACAUCUUAGUAGUGGCUGCAAGGACAUUGGUUGCAAAGCUGUUCCUUGAGUGGCACCUCACAGAAUAUUAAUGAAAAGAAAACAAGUGCUCGACUGACACGCCUUAUUCCUCCUGUUUAUUGUUGAUACUCUUCCCAGCCUGUAUAAUGCACUCAUAUCUCUACCCGGAAAGUGCUCUGAAUCAAAAUGAAAUAUGUAUAUAUUGAAAAUAAGCGAUUUUCCAGAUAUUUUUAAUAAAAUAACUAGACUGCUUUGA